AUGCCGGGCUUAUCCCCUGAUGUGGCAGUUCACAAGGACCUCAAUAAGGCGUGCCCGAAAGAUGACUUUCCACUCCCGGUAUCAGAACUUCUAGUUGACAAUACUUCUAACUACGACAUGUUCUCCUUCAUAGACGGAUCGUCGGGAUACAAUCAAAUCAAGAUGGCUCCUGAAGAUGAAAGACAUACAUCAUUCAGAACGCCUAUAGGCAUAUUCUGCUACACAGUUAUGCCAUUUGGCCUGAAAAAUGCCGGUGCCACAUAUCAGCGGGCGAUGACUCUUAUAUUUGAUGACUUGAUUCAUCAGAAGGUCGAAUGCUAUGUAGAUGACUUGGUCAUUAAAAGCACAAACCGAAAAGACCACAUUGAUGACUUGAGGAUCGUGUUCGAAAGAAUCAGAAAAUAUGAUCUGAAGAUGAACCCUCUCAAGUGUGCAUUUGGGGUAUCCUCAGGAAAAUUCCUAGGGUACGUUGUUCGACAUCGAGGCAUUGAAGUCGACCCCAACAAGAUCAAAGCAAUCAUGGAGAUGCCACCUCCAAAAAACCUUCGUCAACUCCGUUCUUUACAAGGACAACUGGCUUUCAUUCGGAGAUUCAUAUCGAAUCUGUCGGUAAAAGGGCAGGUGUUGGCGGAUUUUCUCGCUGCACACCCUAUCCCUGCAGAUUCACCACUCAAUGAUGAUCUACCAGACGAGCAGAUCAUGAAUGUCAAAGAGGAGGAGAUGCUACGAGUAUGGGAAAUGUACUUUGAUGGAGCGUCAUCGAUUAAGUGUGCUCGGCCUCCAAAUUUAGAGAAAGCUCAAGCCGGAAUCAGACUCAUUUUCGUGGCGCCCGAGGGAGGCAUAAUGAGAUUCUCAUUCAGUCUGACUGAACCUCGGACCAAUAAUGAGGUUAAAUAUGAAGCUUUAAUAGCAGGAUUGAAGAUUGCAAUCGAUGUCCAAAUUCGAAAUCUCCAAAUCUUCGAUGAUUCUCAACUAGUUGUAAAUCAAGUAUUGGGAGUUUACAAAAUCACCAAGUUCGAGUUGGCCUGUUACCACCGGCGAGUUCUUGAGCUUAUGAAGCAAAUUUCAGUUGUUAAAUUAACUCAAGUUCCCCGAGGUCAAAAUGGAAAAGCUGAUUCCCUUGCCAAAUUGGCUAAAGAAAUGGCGAAUAUGGAUGACGAAUGGCCUAUAAUAAUUAUGAUGCAUAAUCGACGGAUCCUAGAGCCAGCAUUACUACAAUUCCCGCAGGUAGAGGGAAUACCAAAUUCAAGCCAGCAGGAUGCAACUCCGGUUGAGCCUUAA